GUGCCAUGGCCACAAAACCCUUCGGCCAACACUGGCGUUACCCCAUAUUUUCAUUGAACGGUGUUAACUGGUUUAAUUUAGGUGCAAUAUUGGUGAUGAAAGGAAGAGAGGAUGAAUACAGUACCAUACUAGGACUUGUUACUGGCAUUGACCUUUCAGUUAACAAUCUCACAGGAGAGAUCCCCAAAGAACUUGGUAAUCUCAAGUGGCUGCGGUCAUUAAAUUUGUCAGGGAAUCUCCUAACAGGAAAGAUACCAGAGAACAUUGGCAAUAUAGAGGUGUUGGAAUCUCUUGACUUGUCCAUGAACCGACUCCAUGGUGAAAUCCCUCCAAGUUUCUCCAAUUUGAAUUUCUUGAAUCACUUCAACUUGUCCUACAACAACUUGACAGGACAAAUCCCAUCAGGCACCCAGCUCCAAAGCUUUGACAGGUCUUCUUACAUUGGCAAUCAUCUUUGCGGACCUCCAGUCACUAAAAAUUGCAGCGGAAAUGGCGGAACACCUGAUUUUACAAAUGGAGGUAGCAGUGGAGGAAAGAAAAGAUCUAAGGUGAAUUGGCUUUAUGUGAGCAUAGUGCUUGGAUUUGUGAUGGGGUUUUGGGGAGUUGUGGCUCCUCUGUUUUUCAUCAGGUCUUGGAGGUUAGCUUAUUAUCAAAAACUGGAGCAAAUUGGUGAUAAGCUAUACGUGUUUUGGGCUACUAUUGAAGUGGUAUUACAUGUUGUAAUUUAUUGA